AUGGACACCAUGUCUAUCCAGUCUACAACUGCAGAUAGGAUAGCGGUUAUUUCUAUAAUAUCCAUAUCUAUUGACAACAGGACCGCUGACGACUCGAUACCAAUUGUCAGAGAAUAUCUCAGGGAGCAACCUUGCAUCAAGCCUUCUAGUAUUCCAGUCGUACAGUCAUCGUUGACCUUGAUACUUCCCGAGCUCAUCUCAAGAUUCUCCGACAACGGAGUUAAUACUGAAAUAAUCGUCGCAGAAGCUUCGUAUUGUCUUCCCCUUGCAUUGGCUAUUCUGCCAUUCCUUAUCCUACACUUGCUAAAGAAGAGGCAGAGGAUCCGUGCUGCUACAAUUCAACAAUCGGUUUGCCAGUCGAAAGCAGAUGGCGCUACAGCACUUUACGCAUCCAUGCUCGAGCAGCAGUGGCAAUAG